AUGAAGAUUCAAGGCGAUAUUGCUGACAUGUUAGGCAUAACAAACUUCUUGCCGGCUAAUUCUGAAAUAGCAAGAGCAAGUUUCCUAUGGGAGAGAAUCAAGGAGAAGAAACGGAUCCUUAUUAUUUUAGAUGACGUUUGGGAAAGAAUUAAAUUGGAUGAGAUUGGUAUUCCUUUUGGGAGUGACCAUAGAGGUUGUAAAAUUUUAAUCACCUCUCGAAGCAAAACUAUAUGUAUUCAAAUGGAGUGUCAAAAGAUACAUACAGUUGAAAUUUUAUCAAAACAAGAAUCUUGGGUACUUUUCAGCGAGAUUGUAGGCUUAAAUGUCAAAACUUCCGACAUAAACUCUAUUGCAAGAGAGAUAGCUACUAAAUGUGGUGGCUUGCCAAUUGCAAUUGUGACAAUAGCAGGAGCUUUAAAGGGCAAGAACAAGCAUGUGUGGAGCAAUGCGGCACGACAACUUCAAAAGUACAACCUAUCUAACAUCCCAGGAGUGAAGGGGAUCUUAUUUUCAUCUUUGGAACUGAGCUUGCAUUAUCUAGAAAAAGUAGAGUCAAAAUCACUUUUCUUAUUUUGUAGCUUAUUUCUAAAGGAUUACAAAAUUCCAAUUGAAGUUUUAGUGAGAUAUGCGAUUGGUCGGAGGUGGUUUAACGACGUUGAUGAGACGAUAGAAGAUGUCAAAGACAGAGUUCACGCUAUUGUAAGUACCAUCACUUCUUCCUUUCUCUUAAUUGAUGAUGGUGAAGAGUAUGUUAAAAUGUAUGAUGUAGUGCGAGAUUUGGCAUUAAACAUAGCUCCUAAAUACAACCAUCAAUUCAUGGUAAAGGCUGGCAUUGGUCUACGAGAGUGGACAAAUAGAAAUACAUAUAAAGAUGUCACAUAUACUCAAGAAAUAUGUGUGUCUCACAAACCAACAUUUCAAAAUUACAUGACUGGGUUAAAGAGCUGUCAAAACCUUCAAACUUUCAAGGCAUAUGAUUGCGGAUCAUUGGUGUAUAUAUUUGAUUAUAAAGAUAUUAAGAUUGCAGAGGGAGAAGCCAAGUUACUCUCAUCGUUAGAGUAUCUAAAUUUGGAAUGGUUGCCAAAGUUGUCACAUAUAUGGAAGGGUGACCAUCAAUCCAUAAGCCUUCGUAACUUGAAGGAUGUAGAACUUAAGUCAUGCAAUAAGUUAACAAAAAUAUUUUCACCAACUCUACUCCAAAGCCUUAUUUGUCUGGAAAAAAUAAAUAUAGUAUAUUGCCAUAAUUUAGAAGAGAUCUUUGAGAAGAAAGAAGCUUUGGAUGAGGAGUUAGAACGCACCAUAACCUCCCCAAGUUUGGGAAACCUGACUUCUAUGGACAUAUCUUGGUGUCUUGAAUUAAAAAACCUCUUUAGCCUUUCCAUUGUCAAAUGCUUGGUGAAGCUCAAAUAUCUUCAUCUAUGGAGUUGCUCAAGAUUACAAGAAAUAGUCACAAAUGAGAAAGGAGAAAAAGAAGCAUCAAUAGAGAGGAUAAUGUUUCCUAGUUUGUACAACUUGAUACUUCGAAGUCUAGACAACCUCACUUGUUUUAGCUCUGGGUCAUAUACUAUUGAAUUCCCAGCAUUGGAGAGGCUACUGUUAUAUGGAUGUAGAAAGAUGAAGACCUUUGGUUAUGGAGAGCAAGGGACACCCAAGCUUAAUAAAGUGUAUGUGAGAUACUUUGGAGAAGGAGAACGUUGGAAUGACAACUUGAAUGCCACAAUGCAAGAGUUUUACAGAGAACAGAGUCUUCCCUUCACCGUCGAAACUCGUCGCUGCAGCCUUCACCGUCAAUGGCUUGCUUCGUCGUCAGCUGGGAUACCGCUCAUCAUCACUGCAGAUCUACGCCAUAAUCCAUCAUUGUCAUUCUUCUUGGAGCUACACAGUGCACAGUCGAUCUCAAUCUCGGAGCUGCACACACUCUUCUUCACAUUGCUUGAAUCUCAGGACUCAGCUCUUCAUAGUUGCCCACUUGCCCUGUUCACAACCGAGCUCCACCUCCCUGACGGUCAACGAAUGGCAGCUCAUCUUCACCAGCAGGUAACUGUCACAGCUACAGUGUUUAAAUCACAGAGUUUUGAUAGGUCUCAUUAUCUUAGCCACGAGGAGAGGAGGCCUACCCAUACUGAAGGUGGAAAUGUCUAUAAAGUAUAA